AUGUUUCGAGCAUUGUCCCGCGCCCACACCUCCACACCAACAACAUGCUUCCGAGCAACCCGUGCCAUCCAUGCUCGAUCGGCUGUCAGACAACAACAAGAAGCCAUUGCUCCCAAGAUCGAUUCUGCACUAUCAGCAUUUGGUGCACGUAUUGGUUUGCAGUCCUUGAAUCCUGCUGUUCUUGAGCAAGCUGUGACGCACUCGUCGGCAGAGGAGAAUAAGGGCAAUCAAGAUUUGGUGCUUCUUGGUAAACGGGCAACUGGUCUCUUUGUCACCGAAUAUUAUCACAGCAAAUAUCCCAACAUGCACAUGGAGGGCUUGAACAAGGUGAUUCAGUCACAUCUCGUCUACAAAUCCGUAUCCAAGGUCGGCACACAACUCGGAUUACAGGAUGUGAUGCGUUGGGAUCGUAGCACUGUUCAAUCGGUAGCAUUGGGUGAAUGUUUAUAUGCACUUGUGGGUGCUGUGUACAAGGAACAAGGUUUCGAUGCUGCCAAACAACUCGUCCAUGCACACAUUCUAUCACGUGACCUCGACGUACGACCCCUCGUCAAAUUCAAUGAUCCUAAGCGAUACCUCUCCGCUCUCAUUCGCAAACUUGGCAAGGAAGCACCCGUCUCCCGAUUGCUUUCCGAAACCGGUCGUCAUUCAAGUGCACCUGUUUACGUCAUUGGCGUCUUUUCUGGUGAGACAAAGUUGGGUGAAGGUUUUGGAUCCUCUCUCAAGAUGGCAGAAUUCAGAGCUUGUCAAGAUGCAUUGAUCAGUCACUAUGGUAAAGAGGAAAAGGAUUUCAUGCUGCCAUCGGAUGCAAACAAUGUCGACAAUUACAAGCCCCCUGUAUUGGGCACAACUGAAGCCAUCGUUUAA